GGCUAGGGCCCCAGACUGGGAGGGAGAUUACCGUAUUUAUCGAGUCCCAGUGCGGGACCCUUGGGGGCGGGUCACUGCGGGCCUGCUACCGUAUUUGCCCGGAGCCAUGCAGCCCUUUCUGGGAGUGGCAGUGUCAAGACUUAAUGAUUUGUUUACUCGGGGUCGCGCAGCCCCGCGGGGGGCGCUGCGGGCACCGGGGGGUGGGUGGAUUGCACGCGUUCCUCCAGGACCUUGGGGCUGGCAGCCCGGCAGGGUGGGCUGCGGCAGCUGGGUGGUAGCCUAUGUAUAUUCCUAGGGGUGGGGUUGAUACGCAGCUUACCACAUUUCUCCAGGGUCGCUCGGACCCCUGGAAUUAGCAAGGCUGUGAGAGAGAGUCGUGCCGGGUGGGGUGAGCUGUUGAGAUUAAUGCAGCAGUUUGACUGCGGGAGGCUUUUCGGCUGUAUGGGGGCGGGGAAGAAGGGGCGCAGCGCUGCGGGAGACUUAACUGUGUUUUCCUUGGGCUGCCCAGACAGAGGAAAAAGCUGCUGCAGACUGCAGGUUGGGCUGUGAGUGUGGCACCUGAUGGAGGAACUUGGGGGAGGGAGGCAAAACCAUGGCCUUGGACCCUCUGGGCCUGGUCAGAGGUCUAGUAGAGAAAGUGGGGAGGUUGCCCAGCGACCAGGCUCAGACUGGCCGAGGAGACUUUGAGGGUCUAUCUUUGAAAAUGGCAGCACAGCUAUCUGGGGAGGGAUUGUGGGUGGAGGCAUGACAAUGGGUCCUAGUUCCUUUCUCCAGGGUGAGUGCCAGUUCCACCCAGGCUUGGAGGUAGGGGGAGGCAGAGGGUGUCUCUGAGACCCCACCCUGCAGGUAGAUUGACUGAGGCUGGAAGUGUGAAGACCUUCAGGGAGGUUUGAGGGAAACCCUCAACAAGCUUCUCUGAUGGAGGGGGUGAGUGAAGUGGGUCCCAGUGCCCUACAUGGCAUGGGAGUGGUGGCAAGACCCCGUGCCCUAUAGGAGCAGUGACCCUUUGAGAAUGGAUGGGUUUGUGGUGGCUGAGGAAGGUGUGCAUGCGUGUGCAUGCGUGUGUUCGUGCCUGCGUGCAUGCCUGCGUGUAUAUGUAUGUGUGUGAAGGGGUGUUUUGCUGCUGAGCAGCUAAUACAUCCAAAUGUUUUUAACAGUGAGUCAGGAGACUUAGGGCCUAGGCCUGGCUCACCUUGCUGUAUGACCUUGGACAAGUAUGUUUGUUGGUUUCACACAGCUUCAAUGAUUCCAUUUACAAACCUGGGCUCAGCAACACUGCUCUGCCCCUUAUUCAAGGAUGUUGUGAGAGCAGUGGGAAACUAUUUCAGAAGGACCUAGUGAGUGGCCUGGGAAGACAAUCUUUAAAAUAGGCCUGAAGGGAGCCCAGUGCUGGGGAUGUUUGUUGAUUGAGUGUGGUUGGUGCUCAGCCUUUGGACCAGACCUGGCUCCUGGGAGCUCUUGCUUUGGUUCAGCAACCUGCAACUUUUCAAGUGUAUGAUUCAUCUUGUUAGAUAGAGGGACUACCUUUAAUGUUUAACCCAGGGAGGUCACUUUCAGGUUUAUGGGGGUUUAUUUUGCUUCCUGCUUUAAGCCACUGGUGACCUUCCUUUCUGCAGGUUUUAGGUCACCUUCUAUCCUUGGGCAUCUGAAUGGAGAAGCUGCUCCUGAGAAUUGCCAGACAGUAUUUAGCCCAUGCGUUGUGUGUUGCAGGCAUAGGGCUUGAUGUGUCUUUUAACAGAAGGUAGCUCUCUGUUCUUGAGGUGCUGGGUUGGAGUUAGAGGUAACAUGACCACCCUAUUCCCAGGUGAUGAUGAAAGGCACAGGGCUGGGCAGCAGACUGUAAAGGGAAGUCUUCUAGGAGGUAAUGGGUCUUGAGAAAAGCCCAGGACGACAGGCUGUGAGGAAAGGAAACAAAACUGUAGAUGGGCAAACGCGGGGGGUUGUUGGAAGUGAGUGAUACGAAAUGCUGGAGAAUGGCUGAUCGUGGGGUCUUCCGUGAUCCCUUUCUCCGCUUCUGCUUCUCCAGGGGCUGGUGACUGCAUCUGGAAGUGCCCAUGACAGAGCUGGUGUCCUCCAGGGAAGGGUCUCCUACGGGGGACGGGGAGGAGGGUCUGGGGGACGACCAAGGCCUGGUUAUCCACCACCCGGCGGCGGAGGAACAGCCCCACCGCUGCCCACUGUGCGGCCAGACCUUCUCCCAGCAGCCCAGCCUGGUGCGGCACCAGAAGGCGCACGUAGGGGCGGGUCGCACCGCCGCCUUCGUGUGUCCCGAGUGCGGCAAGGCCUUCAGCGUCAAACACAACCUGGAGGUGCACCAGCGCACACACACAGGAGAGCGGCCCUUCCCUUGCCCCGAGUGCGGUCGCUGCUUCAGCCUCAAGCAGAACCUGCUCACGCACCAGCGCAUCCACAGCGGCGAGAAGCCGCACCAGUGCACACAGUGCGGACGCUGCUUCCGCGAGCCGCGCUUCCUGCUCAACCACCAGCGCACACACGCGCGCAUGCCCACACCACACCCGCGACGUCCCGGUGUCUUCGGGGAGCGGCGACCCUACUUCUGCCCACGCUGCGGCAAGAGCUUCGCGCGUGAGGGCUCGCUCAAGACCCACCAGCGCAGCCAUGGCCAUGGGCCUGAGGGCCAGGCAGCCCAUUUAGGACGUGUGCUAUGACCCGUGGGGGCCUGCCACCAUCAGCUGCCUCCGAUCUGGGAGCCACAUCCAGGGGUGCUGAGUUGCCCCCUCUCUGGAUAGGCUCAUGGGAGAAGGGCAGGGCCAGCUUGGGGUGUUGGAAGGGAUUGAGCCAUCCCCUUUCCUUCCUGCCCCUGGACCCUUUGGCUGGCUGCAUGCAUCUGCUAUGGGUUCUGCGUUAGUUUUUCUCCCCAGUCUCCUGUGGCCUAAAGCAGCACGUCAGACUUGAAAGCGACUUGCUUGGAGAGGGCCACUUUCCACGGUCCCUGGGCCCCAAGCUCCGUCCCCAAAGCCUCAGCCUCCUGCACCCUCGGUCUGGUGGCCUUGAGAAGCCAUUUCACUCCAUGCCUCAGUUUGCUUAUCUGAUGAGAGCAGAUGCCCCAGAAGCACAGAUGGACAAGACACGAGGGUCAUUCGGGGAAGAGCGUGGAGGCCUCAGCCAGAGGCCUGAGCAAGGUCACCUCGUAAGAAGGAUAAAUACAAAGUGGACAGGACCUUGUGACCCAGGACAUAUCUGGGCAUGGAGACUAAGAAUGGAGUCCCAUGGGGUCCUGGCAUCCUGGCAUGAGGAUGUGUCUCCUCAGAAGACCUACCUCUGGAGGUGCCCUGUGUUGGUAGAGAUGGGAAUUAGAGGCUAGGUCCAUGCCUUUGGUGGGAGAACCCCCCAGGUCUGACUUGAGUCACAGCUGGGCAAGCCUCCUUUUGGCUUCCUGACCCUAGAUCUCAACUCACAUGUGGAGACAGACAGCACCUGUGUGGAGAGCUGGUUUCUCUCUUCCAGCCCUGCCCACCACUUGGUUGAAGGGCAGAGACAAGAAGCGACUGGUCUGCAUUAUCGCGUCACGUUGACGGCAGUCCUGGCUUGAGAGGCGAAACUUCCCUCAAGGUGUGAGCAGUGCCUGAAUGCUUCCGCGCCCUCUCUGAACUAGAAAGGUUAAGACUUCAGGGACACGUGGCCCUUUAAAUUCUGAUGGAGGCUGUGGACCUUCUAGAAGUCACAGACUUGUGUACCAAGCAGUUUCAGGAGCCUCAGGACUCCAGACUAAAGACCUCAGCCCUGGGGGUUUCAUCUGCCAUCCCUUUCUUACUCCGUCCAAGUGUGUCUCCCUCCUCCUGGUAGCCUCUUGUUUGGGAAUAAAGAAUUCUGAGGCUGAGCCCCUUUCAGUCCAUCCAUCCCUUCUCCCCAAUCUAACAAUACACCUGAUUUGUAGGACCUGGUCUCCCUCCCUCAGCAUUGCCCAAGGAUCCCUGGGCUUGGUUCCUUUUCCCCUUUUUGUGUCUGACAGGCUGUGAGAUUUUACAGUGAAGCCCUCUGCUUGGCCUUGACUCUGAUUUCACUGUGGAGUUUCAAGGGAAGGCUGGACUGCUGAAGGGAUAGUGGAUCAUUUUCUCUGUGUCUGCCCCAGGGAGAAGGAACCCUGUUUCCUUUAGCCCCAUGCAACCAAUCAGGCCUCUUGGUUGGCCAAGAUGCUCACCUGGGAAGGUGUGGAUAGAAAGGCACCAGAACCCAGCAUGGACAUGUGCCCAUGGGUCUAGUCAGAGGGAGAAGCCAGUGGAGUUGUGUGUGUCCCCUAAGCAAGCAGGUGUACAAGUAGGGAGUGUGGAUCUUGGGCUACUGUUGAUCAAGGACUCCUGUCUUCAAGUGUGAGCAGGUCAGUUAGGAGGCUGUGGAUAUUUCUCCUUUUCCCUAGAAUGAACCACUCAUUAGGAAAGGGGAGACCUCCCUUUUCUGCUAGGGCUUGGUAGGAACCUGUGGAUUCCUAACCUGGGGUCUUACUGCCUGUAUCCCCCAUGCAGUUUGGGUUACAGGUUCUUACUGAACCCCUAUGCCUUAUUCUGGGGUCACUGAGUACUCAAAGCAAUCUGAGAAAGGAGAAUACUCCCCAUACCCCAGGAGCUCCCAUGAAGUUCUUUUCCUUGGCUAGUCUAGGGGAGCCCUCGCCGUGCCCCUCAGCUAACUGCCCGGCUUGUCUCUUCCCUGCUGUAGCUGUGCUAUGCCUUCCCCUGCACUGCCCCGAAAUGUUCUUUUCCCCACCCCCAAAACCCUCCUUAUUCACCAGGGCUGAGCCUCCCAGCACCCCACCCCCAUGCUCCCUCUGGACAGUACUCACGUUAACACAUGGUGUCUCCCUUAAGUACUAUGUACUGUUUAGUCUUGUGCACGCUUCUGUGUCUGUGUAUACGUAUACGUGCUGUGUGUGUGCACAUGUGCACCUCAAGUCCCCAGCUAGACUGUGAGCUCCCUGAGGGCAAGGGGCUGUCAUUUCUUCUUCAACCCCAAGUGGGUCUAUCACAGCGCUGGGCUCCUAACUCUCAGGAAAACACUUGUCAACUGGCUGAUGGAAUAAAUGUUGGAGGUUGGUGGUGGUGUGGGAGCUGUGCAAGGGGAGAGUGCAUGGGAGUUAACUAUGGAUGCAUUGGGUUGGGUUGUGGUCUGGCUCCUUGGAUCAAUAAUGGAUGCUCGAGGCCGCAGGUCCUUGCAUUUUGGGGGUGGUAGAAGCAGAAGGGACACCCCUCCCAACACACACUAUGGCUACACAGGAGUGCACUUGAAUGGAUGUCCAGGUUGGGUAUUCCUGGAAGUCCCUGACAUCUGUCGGAGCUGACUCAAAUAAAUGUUCUCUACAACA